GUCGGAGCAGAGCCAGAGCAGAGAAGCACUGGUGUGGUUGCGUUGCUGUUUGAGAAUCCGGCGAUGGAGUGGCUGGACGAGUACGAGAAGCUGGUCAUCAGGAUGGACACCCCCAAGGUGGUCAUCGACAAUGCGGUCUGCCCCACGGCCACGCUGGUCCAGGUUGACAGCGCGAGGAAGAGGGGCGUCUUGCUCGAGGCGGUGCAGGUGCUCGCCGACCUCGACCUGUCCGUCAAGAAGGCCUACAUCUCGUCGGACGGCAGGUGGUUCAUGGACGUCUUCCAUGUCACCGACCGCCUCGGCCGGAAACUCACCGACGACAGUGUCAUCUCCUAUAUCCAGCAGUCUCUGGGAACCUGGACUGAGCCGUCCCAACCGGCGGCGCUCGAGGGCCUGGCGGUGCUGGAGCUGACGGGCGCCGACCGCACAGGGCUCAUCUCCGAGGUGUUCGCCGUGCUCGCAGACAUGGGCUGCAGCGUCGUGGACGCCAGGGCCUGGUCACACCGCGGCCGCCUGGCCUGUCUCGUGUACCUGCGCAACGAGGACGCCGACGCCGUCCGGGUGGCGUGUAUCAAGACCCGCCUCGCCCCACUCCUCCGCCGAGACUCCAACGCCAGCGGAGGCGUGGUCGCCGUGCCCGCUUGCUCCGUCCCACACGCCGACCGGCGCCUCCACCAGCUCAUGUACGCGGACCGAGACCAAGACCGCGCGUUACCCACCCCGUCCGUGUCCGUCGAGAGCUGGGCGGAGCGCGGUUACUCGGUGGUCACCGUGCAGUGCCCAGACCGGCCCAAGCUGCUCUACGACGUCGUCUGCACGCUCACAGACAUGGACUACCUCGUCUUCCACGGCACCAUCGACACCAACUGCGGCGAGGCGCGCCAGGAGUUCUACAUUCGCCACGCCGACGGGAGUCCCAUCUGCUCCGAGGCCGAGAUGCAGAGAGUGAGCCAAUGCCUCCAGGACGCCAUAGAACGGAGAUCGUUCGAGGGUGUGAGGAUGGAGCUGCGCACGCCAGACCGGCCGGGCUUGCUCUCAGACGUCACAAGGACAUUCCGGGAAAAUGGACUGCUCGUCGUGCAGGCAGAGGUGUCGACGAAGGCCGACAUGGCCAGCAAUGUGUUCUACGUGACCGGCACCACAGCCGGCCAGGAGGUCCACCAAAGCGCCAUUGAAGCUGUGAAGGAGAGGGUUGGCAUUGACUCCCUUGUCGUCGAGGAGCACCGGCCUCAGCUCUACCAGAAGAUCCUGCCAGAUGACCGCAAUGGCGGCGGCAUUGGUCUAAUCCACCUUGGCAACUUCGUGAAGAGGAAUCUGUACCACCUGGGGCUGAUCAAAUCUUGGUGAUACACUUAUAAGGCAGACUCCACACUAGUACUUGCUUCUUCGCCCAAUUCUACAAUCUUUUCUGUACAUUGAAGACUCUGAGAGACAAGAAGAUGGGACAAAGAUUCAGCCUGAUGGAAAGGUCAGACAUGUCCCUUUCAGAUCAAGAAAUGGAGUUUGCCAGGAUGUUGGUGAGGUGAAAGAAAUGGUGCAGAAGAUCCAGGAAAGCUUGGCUGGACAAUAGGGGCAGGAUCACGAUCUAGAAGGAACAAGAUGAUGGAACCUAGCAGUAGAUAACUGAA